UGGUCUAAUUUGAGUUCCACACCGUGGCUUGAAGAAGUUAAGUCGCACUGUGCCAUACUCAGGGAGCUACUAAUGCCACUUGUGCUAGCUAAGGAUGAACGCCUUCCUGCCUUGUUUGUUUAUGCACCUUUGCUCUCAGAAUGAGAGACAUAACGGUGCCUGAGGAUGCCAGUAGGUGAGAGAGAAGACCGGGCAAAGACCCGGGAAAGAUUCAAUGAAGUCUUCAAGAAAUACUCUGAAUCAGACAGGAAAAAGACGAGGAAGAAAAACACUGAAACUCAGGAGACUAUCGUGCUUCAGAAUCUAAAAAAGAAUCUCAACCUCGAGAAGGACACAGAAGAUGACGAGACCAUCCUCCAGAACACGUAUCGCCCCGAAGAAGGCAGCCCUCGCUACACCAAGAACAAGCAAAGAGAAAGGGAAACGGCGGAAAAGGUGAAUAUCAACAACAGCAGGAACCAAGAGGAGACUAAGACAUCCAAAGGAAAGAGGAAAAGCAGGAGGGAGCUUCCCCCGCUUCCCGUCCCCGAGGACACCGAAAGUCACACCCGGAAGGAUGCAGGGGCUUCCAAGUCUGAGGUUGCUUCGGAGCCGGAGGACGCAGGUGAUGGUGGAAAGAAACCGAAGAGAAAAAGCAAAAAAGAGAAAGGCAAGGGAGAUGCAGAGGCCAAGGAAGUGAGUCAGCUGGAGGAUGCUGAGGACAAGCUGCUGCUUGAAUACCAGCAGCAGAUUGCUCGGGAUGAGGAGAGGACUUUAAAGACGGCGAGCACCAAGACCGAGGAGCAGAGCGUCCUCUCCCAAAACGUGUCACUGAAUAAUGACGUCGGAAAGAAGAAAAAGAAAAAGCUGAAAUCCGUAAUCGCACUGCCGGAAGUAGGGGGGGAGGAAGAAGACGCUGAGCAGGGUGCCGAUGUGGACGACGAAGCGGAAUCCAGGGGAAAGAAGAAGACAAAGAAGAAAAAACACAUUGUCAGAGAAGUGAGUGAAACGGAGGAAGAAGUACCACAGAAACCGACUUUCGACGACAGCCUGGUGCUGGGAGUGACCGUCCACAGGACGGACCGCCUCAAGACCGACCUGCUGAUCUCACACCCGAUGGUGAAAGUGCACGUGGUCGAUGAAAUCACCGGACAGUACGUGAAGAAGGAAGACUGCCAUCGGCCGGUCUCCUCGUUUUACGAGCAGGACACCGUGGACCACGUCCUCCCCAUCAUGACUCAACCAUUUGACUUCAAGAAGAACAAAUCCAUCAUCCCCGAGUGGCAGGAGCAGAUCAUCUUCAACGAACGCUUCGGCUACUUCGUGGAGCAGAAGGCGGAAAGUCCCAGAGUUAUACUUCUCUUUGAAAUCCUGGACUUCAUAACCAUGGAAGAAGCGCGAGCCAACGUCAAUGUCGACAAGCACGAGCGAGGCUUCAGAAAGAUUGCGUGGGCGUUCCUCAAGCUCGUCGGCACAAAUAGCGUGCUGAAUAUCGACAGUAAGCUCCGCCUCCAGCUUUUCUGCCCUCCGCCUCGAGCAAAGAGACAACCCAAAACAAUCGAGACGGUCGAGUGGUGGAGGAAGUACCCUCGGAACAAAUACGCAUCCACCCUUUACGUGACGGUGAAGGGCAUUAAACUCCCGGAGCAUGUGGACCCCGGUAUUCGGUCCAUGAUGGCGCUGCAGGAGGAGCGGGGCAGCACCUCCUACAGCGACCUACAGGACGAGGUCACCAAGAGGAGCCUGACUCGGCCUCAAGACGACAAGCCGCCGCCAGCCUUGAGAUGGAGCAGGCUGCCCGGGCAGGUGUGUCGGAUUCCCAACAAGUCCAUGCUGUCGUUCCGUGGCGGUCGGAUGGGCUGCUUCACGGUGCUCUUCUCUCACACCGGGACGAUGCUGGCGGCCGCCUGCGCCGACACGGAUGCCUUCCCUGUCGUCGUGUACGAGAUUCCCUCCGGUCGGGCGUUGGCGGCCUUCAGCGGCCAUCUCAAAAUAGUCUACGAUCUCUGCUGGUCCGGAGACGAUCGGAGCCUUUUGUCCGCCUCCUCGGAUGGAACUGUGAGAGAGUGGAACGUGGAGGGGCUCCAGGCGGCGGCCCAGAAGGUGCUGCCCCACCCGUCCUUCGUGUACUGCGCUCAGUACCGGCCCACGGCCCAGAACCUGGUGGUGACGGGGGGCUUCGACUCCCUGGUGCGCGUGUGGAGGCUGGACGUGGACGAUGUGAACGGACAGCUGCUGCAGGAGUUCGAGGGCCACGGCAGCUUCAUCAACUCCAUCUGUUUUGACUCUGAAGGAAGCAGAAUGUUCUCGGCCGACAACACAGGCCUCAUCCUCGUGUGGAAAACUACAAUAAACGACGGCAAGCGCCAUCCGCCGUGUCACCGCUGGUGUGUGGAGAUGAGAGUCGCUGAGAGCGACCUGCGCGGCGUCCCCAUCAACAUGCUGCAGCUCCACCCCAACGGGCGCUUCCUGCUCAUCCACGCCAGAGACAGCGUGCUGAGGGUGAUGGACCUGAGAAUCCUGGCGGUGAAGAAAUACAUCGGAGCCACGAACUACCGAGAGAGGAUCUACAGCAGCUUCACGCCGUGCGGCAGCUUCCUCUUCUCCGGCAGCGAGGACGGCAUGGCGUACGUCUGGAGCACAGACACAGGCGACCAGCUGGCGGUCUACUCCGAGCUCCUGUACCCCACCGCGCUCCACGGCGUGUCCUUCCACCCUCACGAGAACAUGGUGGCGUUCAGCGCCUUCGGCCAGAGCCAGCCCGUCCGCCUGUACCUGUACGAUCGCAAAGUCUCCCAGCUGGAGUUGCGCAACAAGAACGGCGCGAGCAGAUCGGCGGCGGCGGCGGACGCCAGAACCGUCAGAAACACGCCGGACCCCCCGGGGGCGGCGCCGCUACACGACGACCAGCUCGCCCAGGCCACGAGACUGGCGCUGAAAAUGCGCCGCGUUCAGGAGCGUCUGGAUUCAGUGCUGGAGCCACCUCAGAGGUCUUCAACUUCUGGAUACAUUUAUGAGCACGGGAGGAGCUUCACCACGGACUCUGGCACAAUGGCUGGAGACGCCUCGCCGCUGCCGCCUCCGUCACUCCUGUCGCCGCACGCCCAACUGCGGCUCUCCGGCUCCCUGGCGGAGCAGCUCAUCCCGCUGGCGGCCAUGAGCGCCCAACACCGAGGUUUCAGGCCAGUCGGUCAUCGUCUAAAAGGAGCUCCGCCUCUCAGGCUUCAGACGGAUCCAACUGACGUAGUUUCCCUCCACCAGAGCGGCCCUGACCACAUUCCUUCCGGCGUCCACGUGGAACCAGACCCUGUUCAACAAGUCGUCGUCUCGCUCCGCGACUACAAAGCCGACCGGUCCGACGAGCUGACCGUGCGCCGCGGCGACGUCAUCCACGUGCUUUACAAGGACAACGACAGCUGGUGGUUCGGUCGCCGUGCCGACGGGCAGCAGGGCUACUUUCUGGCCUCGCACGUCGCUGAUCAGAAUCUGAACGGAGAAGGGACUCAGUCUGUGGAGGCCCACGCAGCCGAGAGGGCGACGCCCACCAGGGUAUCUGCCGCCAUCAGUUCUUCCGGGGAGCUGCGCUUUCUCUCCGAGCCGACGCUCUCCGACACCGACCCCGAGAUGACCGAUGCCAGAGCUAGAAGGAAAAAGAAGGUGAAGAAGUCCGGAGGCCCCGCCCCUUCAUCUCAAGCCACGUUUUCCGAUGCGGACGGCGCGGCGAGGCCCGGGAGGAGAGGCAGGUCAGCUGACAGGCCUCUCCCGAAGAGACCCACGGGCCGGACCAACGGCGCCUUCGAGGCCGACGCGUAAAACUCUCACUCACACACACACACUCACACUCACACACACACACACACACACAGCUUUCACCUUCUUCAUAGAAUGCUUCUUUAUUUUUAUUUUUUAUUACAAUAAUCAUCUUACCGUUUAGUGUUUUAUAUUUGCCUACGUGAAGUCAGUGUGUUCGACAGGUUGAUGACUUGUGCACAUAAAUAAUUCUGUUGUACAUAUUUAUAAAUAACAUAAGCAUCAGUUGACUAUUGUUUAUCACUUUACUCCAGUAUUAGUUUUAUUUUCUUAGCCUGUAAGAUAUGAAAUGUUUUUAUAUGCCACUUCUAGAAAGUUGUAUACAAAUAAAGAUUAUCUAAGCUCAUGUAAAGUCACACUUUUGAUGAAAUAAAUAUGCUUAUGGACUAUUUUCA